AGAGAGGAGCGUCCGCACUUUGCGCACACGCUGUGUACUUUCAGUUCUUUUCCAGAGCGCGCCGUGAACACUUUACCAUUAUGUACCAGAAUGUUUAGCAGAGAAGAUCAUCUUAAGUUCUAGACUAAAUAACUUUUCACCGUUUUACCUGGGGAAAUAUGUGUUUGAACUGACAGAGGGAGUGCGCUCCUCGGAGCUCGGCAGGAUCAGUUCAUGGAUCAGUAAAGGGUUUUACAUUAGAACAUACAGCCGGUGGAGGAGAGACUAAACUUCGUGGUUUGGAGCAAUGGAGAAAAUCGUGUUGUCGACAUGGAUCCUUUUGUGUCUGUUUCUGGCAUCAGCGUGGACGCAGAGGGCAUCACCUGAAGGAGUGCUGAACUGUUGCGAAGGCGAUGUCCUCUUUCUCCUGGAUUCCUCUGGAAGUGUCUCUUCUUAUGAACACUCACGCCUGCUCUCAUUCCUCUCCGAUCUGCUGCUGCCCUUUUCUUUGGGUGAAGACCAGGUCAGGGUGGGACUCCUCCAAGUGGGCACCCAGCCAAAAGUGGAGUUUGACUUUAGCUCCCACUACUCCCAGACCAGCCUGCAGGGGGCGGUGAGAAACACCCGGCCACUCCGAGGAGAUACUAACACAGUAGAAGCACUGAGGAUAGCCGCAGAGACCGUGCUCCGACCAGGGAUCCCCGGAGGAGCCAGGAAGGAGCUCCCUAGGGUGCUGGUGUGGUUGACAGACGGGGUGAAGCCUGGAGAUGUAACAGGGCCCAUGGCUGCACUGAGGGAGGAGGGUGUGGCCGUGCUGGUGGUCUCUACUGGACAUGGGAACUAUCAGGUGCUCAGGGAUGUGGUGACGCCCCCUAUUGACCAACACUUGUACUUUGUGGAUAUUGAUGACCUCAGUAUCAUCACAGAGGAUCUCCGCAAUGCCAUUAUAGAAAUUAUCCGAGCUGAAAGAAUGACAGCACGGGACAUCUCUACCAAUUCUGCUACACUGCAGUGGCGCCCUGUGCUCACAGGCUUAAAUGGCUUCUAUGAGAUUCGCUUUGGUCCAGCGCCCACUGGAGGGGCUGGGAGUGGUACUGGGGGUCCUGGGACCAGCCCUAGUGUUGGUGGUGGUCAGUACCAGAGGUUUACUCAGUCCGCAGACUCCAGCACAGCCAGGCUAACAGGACUCAAGCCUGACACGACAUAUGUGGCCACCCUGACCCCUGAGUCUAAUGAGCAGGCUUUCAACACUCUGUCUGUCACCUUCACCACCAAACCAGAGGUGCUGAGCCCGGCUGUGAUAUCCAUCUCUGAGCUAUCGUCAAACAGUGUGAAGAUAAACUGGGGCCCUCUCCAGCCUGACCGUGUCAUCAGUUACUACAUUGAAUAUUCUACUUUACCCAGUGGAAAACUCAAUGCUGUCACCGUCAGCGGGACCCAAAACUCCACUGUGCUACGGAACCUCCAGCCAGACUCCACCUACCUGGUCACCGUGAGCGCCAGACACUCCUCUGGCACAGAGAGGGCCAUGUCAGUCAAAGUGUGCACAGAGGAAGUGACACCAGCGUUGUCGGACCUGCAGCUGACCACAGUGGGCAGUGACUCGGUGCAGGUGGACUGGAGGGGGGCUGGUUCUGGACUCAGAGGGUACUGGCUCACCUGGGAGGACCAACAGAACUCAAUAUCAGCUCAGCGCUCUACCAUGUACCUGCCCCCUGAGUCUCUGUCUACACGCCUAUCCCACCUGCCCCCACUGGCCCGAGUCUGUGUGUCUCCCAUCUAUCGUACUGCCCGGGGGGACGGGCUCUGCUGCACUGCACAAUUUCACUCAGAUGCAUUGUCCUAUGGCUAUCAGUCGUAGCAGCCCUGAGUCUGCGCAUGCUUCUGCCCAAACAUGGGUGGACGGAGGGUGGAGAAGAAUGUUGACUUUCCUCUAUAAUUCUCUCUCCUGCCUCUCCCCGUUUGUGGACAUCACCCAGAGACUUGCAGCCAGUUUAUAAGCAGCGUGCACAUGGAGGCCAUAGACACUAAAGGGAUAGGCCUGGAAUAAUAUGGCCAUGUGUUGACUGUUGAAAAAACUCAUGAUUGACUGGCUGUUUGCUUUUCCAUUGCAUCUGGUCUACACCUGUAUUGCAUUCAUUGGAGGAAAAAUGUUACUAUGCACAUUACUGGUGGUUUUGUUGGGAGUGUAGAAUGUAUCAAGAACCAUAUGUGUAUUGCAACAUAUGUUUUGCAAACUGUUCCCAUUUUAAUGAAUUUCUACUGAAAUAAUCACUCUGUUGACACUAUUUUAUUUACAUUGGAUAUUUGUGUGUAUGUUAGAGGGGUUCAAAAUAACAGAAGCUCUAAGAAAAUUACUUACAGACAUACCACAUUCUCUUCAAGUAGGCUAUGACACACAUAUGUCCAACUAGGUCUGUAAUCAUGGCUUUACACUGAUCAAGGCUUUUCAUAAUUCAACUAUCUACAUAGGACAAAAUACACACAUGGUAUAUUGAUGUAUUUAUCCUUGUUCAAACAAUUUCAAAAGCAGCUUUUAUAAACUCUGCUGCCCUCUUCUGACAGAACACCCCCAGGCUUACUACUGCUGAUUUGUCAUUGUUGAAAAUAACAUUAAGAUGUGUAUGCACUAUAUCACCAUUAAAGUGUAACAUAAGCUUACUUUACAGUUCUUUAUUAUUUUUCAAUAAAAGAACUAUGAUGUUUAAAUUC